GUCGAAACAAGAAUGGGGGGCGAGAUCGCCAGCAGCCCCGCGCGGUCGCCCCGCGAGCUGGCACCCCUACCCAGCAGCCCGGGCAGCAGCCCGGCCCGCGAGGCGCUCCGCCGGGCCCUCAAUGGCGACAACGAGCAGCCCAACCUGGCGCUGGCCCCCCUCCGGUGGAACAUCGAGAAGGAGCGCCGGGCGCGCGGCGCGGCGCUAAAGAGCGCCGAGGCGACGUUCGACGCCGAAGCGGCCCGCCGCCGCGCUGGCUUUGAUGCGAGUAAACGGGCGCGGGACCACGCCGUGGCCGAGCGGCGCGCGGCCGCGCAGCGCGACGGGCUCAAGGUUGCGCCCAAGCGCUUCGACCGCGCGCGCCAGGCGAUCGCGACGCUGCGGCGCGUCGGGCGCAAGGACGAGGCCUCGCGGCGCACGCGGAAGCUGAGGAGUAUGGAACGCGACUACUGGCAGCAGGUCUCCGGUGUCCAAUUCGAGGCGGCCGAGGCGGACGCGUCGAGGCGAUUUAAUCACGACUUCGAGGCGAAACAAUCAGCUAAGGCCGCAGCCUUCCACAAGACGCGCACGAAAUUGGCCAACCAGGUCGACGAGGGCGUCAAGCGGGUCUACCGCGCGAACCCGCGGACCGUAGAUGAUGAAAUGUGGCGCGCCGCGCAUUACGCGAAGCACGGCGACGCGACGAAAUUGGGCUACAUGCUGGAUUUGCAUGGUGAGUCGGAAGUCCAUAGGCGCGACCCGGACAGCGCCUGGACGCCUUUAUUUUUCGCGGCGCAGGGCGGCCACGCAGCCUGCGUCCGCCUGCUUUGCGCGCGCGGCGCGGACGUGAAAAUAAGAGAUCCGCGGCGCCGGACGCCUUUGCAUGUUGCGGCGGCGUUCGGGUCGGCGGCGGCCUGCGCGGGUUUGAUUGAGGCGGGUGCGGACGUGGGCGCCGUCGACGAUCAAGAUUUGACGCCGCCGGAGGUCGCGGAGUCGCGGGGCAAGACUGAUGUGGCGGAGUUUCUGCGGCAGUUCGACACGACGCGCUCCGAGGGACCUCCACGAUCGAUCAAAGCGGAGGCCGCGGCGACGGACGGCGUCUCGACGGCGCUGCGGGCGCUCGCGUUCAAGGAGAAGGCCUUCGGCCGGGACUACCACGGCCUCGCGCCGACGCUCCAGAAGCUCGCCCACGCCUACAAGGCGGCCGGCGACGUCAUCGGCAACCGGCAGACGCUCGAGCGGGCCGCGCUGCUUGCCUCGAAGCACUACGGCGACGAGCACGCGCUCACGGCGGCCGCCUACAACAACCUCGGGGCGGCCUGCCACCGCUGCGGCGAGCACGACGACGCCUGCGCGGCCUUCGCCAAGGCGCUCAAGGUCGCCCACGAGGCGCGGGGCGGCCGCGCGUUCCACCCCGCCGAGCCGCGCGAGGCCUUCGACCAGGUCCUGGUGCCGCUGCGGAACCUGGCUCUCCACACGCUACAGCGAGGUGACAUUCGACAGGCCUUACCUUUAUUGGAGCACGUCGUCGCGUUGCUGACAACCCUCCACGACCCGAAUCUGAGACCUGGCGUUCCAAAACACGCCCCGUCGUCCACGGAAUCGUUCCUCGCGGUCGGCACCUGUAUGGAAAUCAACCAGUGCGUCGGGUGCAACCGGGAGGCGAUGACGAACGCGCCGUAAAAUAUUGAUUUCCACACAGGUCGAUACGACGCCUGUGGAAAGCGUGGCGCUGGUGCCCGCGCUCGUGACGCUGUCCUACGCGUACUUGCUUGAUAAAAAUUACGAGGGCUGCCGUCGCGAGCUCGACCGCGCCCUGAAGAUCCUGACGACGCACGAGGGGGAGAAAGCCGCGUCGACGACGCUGGUCCGCGAGCACCUGGGCCUGCUCGCGUACUACGAGGAGGACUUCGAGGAGGCCCAGAAGCAUUUCCGGGACGUCCACGACAUCCUCGUGGCGCACGGCCGCGCGGCGGACGACGAGGACGUCGUCCGCCAGCUCGAGAACCUCGCGACGGCGACGUGUCGAACCGGGCCGAGGACCUGGGCCUAGGUAAUUACUGUUGUUUGUG